CAAGAACUCAGCGCUCGAUUCUCAGCCGUUGCUCCUCGUCGUCCACCGAAUAACAACAUCAUCAACACCGCUAGCACUUCUGAAUCCACUUCGGUGGUGGAUCAAGCGAAACCUGCUCAACCGGUUCAUGGAACAACAACACUCAAGCCCAUCCCCAAUUCGCUCAUAUCGCACAUACCUAACAUUCAACCAAAACCAGUGGCAACACAUUUACCACCAACCUAUUCAGCAUGGCCCAGUACCGAUUCAAAGUCGACCAAAACGGGAACUGAGGUUCAUGCAUCAUCAUCGUUGUCCACCAUGACCGUGAUCGCCUCCAAUCCGAGCUCUUCGGAUGGGUCUAGUUCAUCGUUUUUCACCUCUCGACCUCUCAAUGAUCAUGCAGAUCGACCCUACCCUGCAUCAUACGGCUCUGCCGUCUCUACAUGUUCUUCUCGAAGUUCUUCGCUCGGGGAUCAUCGACCGUCAGGUGGUAGUCAAAGUGAAAUCAGUUCGAACGCAUAUGCUGGUUCCGCCGCAGCAGGAGUGCAGAGCGCUCUAAGAGAAACAAUGAAAAUAGCUGUAGAAAGUGAUCACACUGCAUUCAUCGACAGUGGUGUGCAAUUGUCUUGA